GCGCCUCCGUGACGUCACUCGCUUUGGAGGCGGGCUCAGCAAGCGGCGCUCCACCGCCAUUGGUCGGGAGCCCUGCAGUAACCAGGGGAACUGCAAACAGUGUAGGGGCAGCUUCCGGUUCGAGCACCCGUAACCGCCGUAACCGCCGUAACCGCCGCCUUUAAGGAUGGACGGAGACAGAGAGACAGAUAUAGAUUGUUCAUCCACUGGUUCACUCCCCAAAUGCCAGGCUGAAGCCAGGAGCCAGGAACUCCAGCCUCUGCCAUGUGGGUGGUAGAGAACCCAAGUAUUCGGGCCAUCAUCUGCUGCCUUCCAGGGUGUACAUUAGCAGGAAGCUGGAUCAGUAGCUGGAGCCAAGACUGAAACCUGUCAAUCCAGUGUGGGAGGUCAGAGCCUGCGAAAGGCUGAGAGAGGCCGGUCCUGCUCCCAGGAGAAAAAGGAGGGUUACACUAAGGACAUGGUGACAGACUUUGAUGAGAAACAUGAUGAGUAUUUAAUAUUGCUUCAGCAGAGAAACCGGGUGCUGAAGCAUUUGAAAGCCAAGGACCCCAUGCAGCUACACCUGGAGCACUUGGAACAAGGGUUCUCUGUCUACGUCAACGGGGCCAAUUCGGAACAGAAGCCAUCGCCUCGGAAGGCCGUGCGCUCCGACUUCUCCAGGAGUGCCUCGCACGCCGAGGGGACCCACGAUUGUGCACGAAGAACCCUGCUUCGAGAAGCCGAAGACGCCUUGCGACACGGUUCACAGACGGCCCCCAGCAGAGUGCAGCGCCGAGGAUGGCACCAGAGAUCGGUGCAGAUCCGAACAGAAGCCGGCUCGAGGCUCCACAUCGAACCCCCCGUGGACUACUCGGAAGAUUUUGAGUCGACUGAGGAUGCCGAUGCCAAGACCAUGGAUGUUUCUGGGGAUCGUCCACAGGUAGGGAUUGGCCAUGGCCUUGUGCCAUGAGCUCAGGGCUCCGGUGGCCCUUGGGACACUUUCCAUCAGUUAUUCAUGCCAUUGUCCUCACUCGCACCUGGGUCCCUCCCUCCUGUAUUCAUCUCAACACACUUUGAUGAGCACGUGGGCUGGGUGCUAGAUGCCGGUGUCCCCAGGUCAGUGAGGCUGGGGUCUGAUACCCCACAUAGCCCCUCGAUGGCACAGAGCAGCUGAGAAGUGAGGA